GGAUGCGGAUGCGGAUGCGGAUGCGAAGCUGGCGGCCGAGGUGGCGGCCGAGGUGGCGGCUGCUGCGGCCGCCGCGGAUGCAGAUGCGGAUGAGGCCCUCGGGGACUGGGAGGGGAACCCAGAUUUUCCGAUGGCCUCCCUGUACGUGGGCGACCUGCACCCUGAGGUGACCGAGGCAAUGCUGUACGAGAAGUUCAGUCCAGCUGGGCCCAUCCUCUCCAUCCGCAUCUGCAGGGACAAGAUCACCCGCCGCUCAUUGGGCUACGCGUAUGUCAACUACCAGCAACCGGUGGACGCCAAGCGGGCCCUGGAGACCCUGAACUUUGAUGUCAUAAAGGGCAGGCCAGUGCGCAUCAUGUGGUCCCAGAGGGACCCGUCGCUCCGCAAGAGCGGGGUGGGCAACGUCUUCAUCAAGAACCUGGGCAAGACCAUCGACAACAAGGCGCUGUACAACAUCUUCUCGGCGUUCGGCAACAUCCUCUCCUGCAAAGUGGCCUGUGACGAAAAGGGGCCCAAGGGCUACGGGUUCGUGCACUUCCAAAAGCAGGAAUCUGCGGAGCGGGCCAUCGAUGUGAUGAAUGGCAUGUUCCUGAACUACCGCAAAAUUUUCGUCGGGAGAUUCAAGUCGCAUAAAGAACGAGAGGCCGAAAGGGGAGCCUGGGCCAGGCAGUCCACUAGUGCUGACGUCAAGGAUUUCGAGGAAGACACCGACGAGGAGGCCACCUUGCGAUGAAGACAUCCCAGGAGCUAGCCAGCCAGCAGAGCCAAACCUUGGCUCACACCCGGUUUACAACCCCCCACCCCCAGCCCUCCCCCCGCCAACCCACCAGCAGUGUAUUUAUUGUGUUGGGAGUGCAGGUCUCUCUCUCCCUCUCUCCCCCUCUCUCUCCCCGCUUCCUAUUUUCUCCCUCCACCUCUCCUCUCCUUCCCUUCCUCUCCCCCGCCCACCCCUACCAAGGGCGUUGUGAAUAAUCUUACUAAUCUGUGCCAUUUGUAGGUUAAAGGCUGCCUCUUCUCCCUGUGGUUUGGUUUAAAAAGCAUUUUCAUUCUCUCUUUGUUUACUGCGCAGGUGAUACAAUUUCAUGGUAGCAUCAUCAGAAAGGAGAAGGAUAUCAGAUGAGGGAAGAAACAAGAGAGCUUAUGAAACGUCAUCUUCAGUGCCUGCAGAGUGCUUCAGUGUAUCCGUGGACCUUAACAUUUCUGUAAUCAUUCCCGCAUUGUUGGACAUUCAGGUGGUGCCUAGUUCUUUCCCUGUGUUUAAGACCAACAUUGCGUGCUCUGUGCUUUGAUGAGUGAAUCCAAUCUUUGCUAGCAUCCCGGUGGUCUCCUUAACUGCGGACUUGCAAGAUCCACAUAUAGACAUUUUAAAGACCUUUCCUGUGUGUUGCCAAAAGGCCCCCUUCAUAAGCAUUGUACCGAUUUGCACUCGUGCCGGCCAGCGCAGCUAGUAAAGAGUAUGCCCGUUUCCCCUG